CGCUGCUGCUGCUGGCCAAGAUGCGGAAAACAACAACAACCGGAGUGGAGGAGGCGAGGGGAAGGAGCGGAGGAAGCCGAGGCGGAGGCAGAAGCGGAGGAUGCCUCGGCGGAGGAACGCGAGGAGCUGGAUCAGUUCAUAAGCGAGCUGCGCGACAAGAUAGAGAGCAAGCGUCAGUUGCGCCUGGAGAACUCCAAUUUCGAGCUGCCCGGCGAGGAGCAUUUUGCGCGCCUGGACUCCAAUCUAAAGAAGAACACGGCAUUUGUGAAGAAACUCAAGGUGUUCACUGCCACCCAGCUGGAUGGACUGCUGCGCGAGCUGGCCGCGCUCAAUCUGAGCAAAUACAUCUCGGAAAUCUGUGCAGCACUGGCUGAGGCCAAGCUCAAGAUGACCGAUGUCCCGGCCGUGGUCAUUCUGGCCUCCCGCCUUCAUCGUACAUAUGCGGACUUUGAUAUGCAGUUUCUGGAGGCCUGGCAGAAGGCGCUGAACAUCAAGGCAAGCGGCGAGAAGAUUGGCAAUCCCAGCAAGCUCCGGGUGGAUCUGCGCCUUUUUGCCGAACUGGUUAGUUCCGGGGUGAUCCAGAUGAAGCCGGGAUUGGCACAGCUGGGCGUAGUCCUGGUCCAUCUGAUUGCCCAGGACAAGGAUGAUCAUAGUAAUUUCUCGAUUAUACUCUCCUUCUGCCGUCACUGCGGCGAGGAGUACGCCGGCUUGGUGCCGCAGAAGAUGCAGCAACUGGCCAUCAAAUAUGGGGUAGAGGUGCCCAAGUCGGACUUCCUCACCGCCGACAAGCAGCUCAAUCUGAGGACCAUGCUCAAGGGCUACUUCAAGGCCCUGUGCAAACACGUCCUGUCCGAGCAGGCUGAGCUGAUGAACAUGACCAAGAAUAUACGCCGGACCAUGGAAUGCAAGGGUGAGAUAUCCUCGGAGAAGCGUGAGAAAUGUGAACUGAUGCAGGCAGGAUUCGACAAACUGCUGGCCUCGGCCCAAUCGCUGUCGGAGCUGCUGGGAGAGCCGCUGCCAGAGCUGGCCAAAGAGUCGGAGUGCUGCAAUCCGGGCACCGUCAUCGACAAUAUGCUGGACAGUGCCUCCUUUGGUGUGCUGGAUCCUUGGGGUGAUGAGGAGACGCGUGCCUUCUACACGGAUCUGCCCGACUUGCGUCAGUUUCUGCCCAACUUUUCGGCACCCAAGGUGGACCUGGAGACACUGGAGGAGCCCAGCGAGUUGACUGAGGAGGCCAUCGAGGCGAAUCUAGAUGCGGAAAUGGAUAUAGAUGAUCCGCCAUCCACCACAUCGGAUACAGCACUGGAUACUGUGGUGGGCGAGGAGGUAGCAGUGCCUACAGGCACUCCUGUAACGCCCACCGAGGAGGUGAAGCCCCAAAAGAUGGGCAAUGCCCUCAUGGAGCUGGGUCGCCAGCAGCAGCAGCCGCAACAGAAUCCCAGCCAAAGCCAAUCGCAGACGCAGUUGCGUCAACAGUUCGAUGCCUUCCUGCUAAACCUCUUCAACUGCGUCAACAAGGAGCUCAUCGAUUCGGCGGCCAUCGAGUUCCUGCUCAACUUCAACACGAAGCAUCAGCGCAAGAAGCUCACGCGAACGAUCUUCUCGGUGCAGCGCACCCGGCUGGACAUACUGCCAUACCUGUCGCGGUUCGUGGCCAUUAUCCAUAUGUGCAACACGGACAUGGCUGCCGAUCUGGCCGAGCUGCUGCGCAAGGAGUUCAAGUGGCACAUCCGCAAGAAGAAUCAAUUGAAUAUAGAGUCGAAGCUGAAGAUUGUCCGGUUCAUCGGUGAGCUGGUCAAGUUCGGGCUGUUCAAGAAGUUCGAUGCCUUGGGAUGCCUGAAGAUGCUGCUGCGCGACUUCCAGCAUCAUCAGAUCGAGAUGGCCUGCGCCUUUGUGGAGGUCAGCGGUGUGUAUUUGUACAAUUGCCGUGAUGCCCGGCUCCUGAUGAAUGUCUUCCUGGAUCAAAUGCUGCGCAUGAAGACGGCCACGGCCAUGGAUUCGCGUCACGCGGCCCAGAUCGAGAGUGUCUACUAUUUGGUCAAGCCGCCAGAGUCAUCGAAACGUGAGCUCACACCGCGUCCGCCCAUGCACGAGUACAUCCGCCACCUGAUCUUCGAGGAGCUGUGCAAGCAGAAUGUGGAGCGCUGCAUCAAGAUGCUGCGACGCAUCGACUGGCAGGAUCCGGAGACGAACAGCUAUGCGAUCAAGUGCCUCAGCAAGGCCUACCUGCUGCGCUUCCCCCUGGUCCGGUGUCUGGCGGAUCUUGUGUCAGGACUGAGCUCCUAUCAGCCGCGUGCGGUGACCGUUGUCAUUGACAAUGUCUUUGAGGAUAUACGUGCCGGUCUGGAGAUCCAUUCGCCGCGAAUGGCCCAGCGACGAAUAGCGAUGGCCAAGUAUCUGGGCGAGAUGUACAACUACAAGCUGGUGGAGUCGACGCACAUUCUCAACACCCUUUACUCGAUCAUAUCGCUGGGCGUAUCCAUGGACCAGAACGUCAUCUCGCCCCUGGAUCCGCCGGAUAGCCUGUUCCGACUGAAGCUUGCCUGCAUGCUGCUGGACACGUGUGGACCCUAUUUCACCAGUCAGGCCACGCGCAAGAAACUGGACUACUUCCUGGUGUUCUUCCAGCACUAUUAUUGGUUCAAGAAAUCGCAUCCCGUGUUCAGCCGAUCGGAGAAUACCUCCGAUCUCUUUCCCAUCCUGGUGGAUCACACCUAUCGCGACUGCUUGUCCGGCGUGAGGCCCAAGCUGAAGCUGUACAAGAGCUUGGAACAGGCCAAGGCGGCGAUUGAUCAGCUGCAGGAGAAGCUAUAUCCCCAGCUGAAGGCCAACAGCAGCAGCAGCAGUGGCGUCCAUAGCAGCAACAGCAACUUAGCUGCCCAGGACCCAGCGCUAGGCACCAUUAGCGAGAUGAACGAGAUGGAGGAGAACGUCACCGAUGAGGACGAUUCGGGCUCGUCCAACGAUCAGCGGGAGCGCCAGGUGGCCGAUAACCAGGAGGCGGAGCCGGAACAGUCCAAUGAUUGGACGGAGAAUGAGACAGAGCCACCGCUGCCGCCGCCACCACCACCGGAGAAGUCCAAGGAGGAUCUCGAGUUUGAGCAGAUGUACGAGAAGAUGACCACGGACUCGUACCAGGAGCGCAUGAAGGAGCCGCUAAAGGCCACCGCCAAGGAUAUACCGGUGCCGAUGACAGCACGCCUGCAGAAGAAAUCCUACGAUCAGAUUAAUGGCAGCUCGGGUCAGGCCUCCUUGCAGAUCUCAAAGGCAGCCGUUGUGACGCCCGAUGCAGCUCCAGGCUUGCAGGCCAUCACCACAAGUGGCGGCGGCCAAGAAGCUCUAGCCGAGGGCACCAAAUCUGGAGGCGGAGGCGGAGGAGGAGGAGGAGGAAGUAAUGUACCUUUCGUCCUUAUGGUUCGCGGUCACAAGGGUGGCAAGCAGCAGUUCAAGUCCUUUGUGGCCGCCUCGGACUCCCAUCUGGCCAUCAACCUGAAGCGUCAGGAGCAGGCGAUACGCGAGGAGAAGGAGAAGGUUAAGCGCUUAACCCUGAACAUAACGGAGCGGAUCGAAGAGGAGGACUACCAGGAGUCACUGCUGCCGCCACAGCAGCGCAAUUUUGGCCAUCAAAGCUACUACCAGAAGUCGAACAAGCACAAGUUCAAGCACCAGAAAGGCGCCCCCGAUGCGGAUCUCAUCUUUCACUGAGAACAGGGACCAGGAAACGGAACUAGGGUUGCUAUUAGCUACCAGCUACUCCUCCUGUGACUGCGAUUGCGACUGAGAACGCGAAAGGGAGAGGACGUGGCUCCAAGAGCCCACUACGUGCAGGCUCCCAGCAGACAAACACACAAAAACACACACCUCAGAAGCCGUACUUAAGCCCACAAAACUGAAGACAAGAAUGAAGCCACUCGGAGACAGAAGACAGACAAACAGAUGCCAGGAAGCCCUCGCAAUCGCAGCCAGCUCAAGCCAUGAGUAAGUGGCACUCGUACUCGUCCUCGAUAUUAUAAUGUACAUAAUAUAUAGAACAGAACAGAAUGGAACAGAAACGAACAGCCUCUGCAUCUGCCACUGCCGCAGAUGUAACUCCAACCUUAACCCUAUAUCUUUAAUACUACAUACAUAGUACGUACCAUUGCCUAGACUUGUUUCAAAAACAGAACCUAAUGUAUACAACGAUAUAUACAACAUACAGAUCAGAUAUUCAUAUAUAUGCAUACAUAUAUAUAUCUAUAUACAUUUAUAUAUUCGAUGUACAUAAACUGGGCAUUCAUGUUCGAUGUGUUUACAACA